AUGCUAGGGCUCCCGCCCGGCGUCCACUUCCGUCCCGACGACGACGAGCUCGUCGAGUUCUACCUCCUCCCGCACGCCCGCGGCGAGCCGGCCUCGUUUCCUGCUGGCGUGGUCGUCGUCGACGACAACGCGGCGGGCAGCACGCUGCCAUGGGAGCUGCUCGACCGCCACGGCCGCGGCGCCGACGACGAGGCCUACUUCUUGGUGCGCAGCAGCGGGGACGGCGACGGCCAGGAAAAGCGCGGCGCCCGCCAGGAGCGCGGCUGCGGCGGCGGGACGUGGAAGUCCCAGAAGCGCCUCGCCCACGGCGGCUCACGCGUCGACGACGCCGGCGAGAAGGUGCACUGGAGCCGGCACAACCUCAACCUGCACAUGGGCCGUGGGGAGAGCGGCGGCAGCGUGGGGUGGGUGAUGCACGAGUACGCCCUCACCGACCCGUCGUGCCCAUCCCUCAAGAUCUGCCACGUGGCCUUCACUGGACACGGCAAGAACCGCAAGCGCCUGCCGGGCGGCGGCGAUGUCGUCGACGACCAGACUGAGGAACCCGCGUCUAAGCGGGCGCGCGUCGCCACCCCCGGCACCGGUGGUUCUGCGAGUUUGGGUUCUGGAUCGACGACGACGACGGUCGAUCAAGACUACUCCGGAGUCGGACGCUCUUCCGAAGAACACCAAGAAUCCAAUCAAAUUUCUCUGGAGUGGAUAAGUAGGGAACUUUUCAACGACGACUUGCAGCAAAACUCUUUCCCAUCGUCGGUCGAUGUAAACUACUUCUCCGAGGAGUUCGCCCAGGCGGCGGCACCAACAUCAGAGCAACAAGCAGUGCCCGAGCACAUCAUGGCGACGCCCCUGCCGAUGGUCCAGGAAACCGCCGGCAUGGAAGAGCUACGGGAGUUCAUGGCGUCGAUGGAUCGACAGGAGUUCAUAGCGCCCCUGCCGAUGGUCCAGGAAACCAACGGCAUGGCGGAGCCACAGGAGUCCAUGGCGCCGAUGGAUCAACAGGAGACCGCCGGUAUGGCAGAGCUUGAGAACCCGUAUCAGCCGAUGAUGGCCGAGUUCUUCCCGCCGAUGGGGGUUACUCUUGAUGAAUCAUGUGGCUUGUCACACAUCAGCGACAUGGAGCUCGGAGCACAACAGGAUUUCGUUGAGUGGGAUGGCUUCCUGUUCUACUAG